AUGAGUUUAGCCAUUCCCACUAAAUCAACAACUGCCCGUGAUGUAAUUGGAGUCUUGUUAAUCUGGUUCAGCACCUACGGACCAGCGAAAUACAUCCAGUUGGAUGCAUGCCCGGCACACGACAGUGAGGCCCUUCGACAGUUCACAUCGGCAUGGGGGGCAGAGCUUGUCCUUGGCAUACCGAGAAGACCUGAAUCACAGGGCCUCAUUGAAAGGCUCAUCCGUGAUGUUAAAACAGCUAUCCGUAUUGGUACGUGUGCUCCUGAUGCAACCUUACCCUGGUGGAUAUGUGCAUUCAAUGCUAUAUCUAUCCAUAAUUCUUCUCCUAUUAAAGAUGGGCUAGGAUGUACUCCAGCGAUGCUAGCUCAUUCAAGAGAGGACUUAUUGCCUGAAACCGAGUCAAGUGACCCCGAUUCCUCGGGGCUAGACGAACUAUGUCAGAAGAAUUGUGAGUAUCUGUCAUCAGUAAUGCAAUGCUUCUUGGUCAGCCGCGCUGAUGCAGCCUUGGGGAAAGAAAUCAAGACUCUGAUUGACGAACCAUUGAGGUUUAAAUUCAAUGCGGGUGACAGCAUUAAAGUUUCGAGACUCAUCAAUGGGAGAAGAAAAGUCUCUGGACCUUACCGAAUCUCCCAUCAACAUCCCCAUAAUGCUCUGCUAUUUUAUGUGGAAGGUUUCGAUAAGCCGUUCUCUGCCAGGCAACUAUUGCCUUAUCACACAUGUGAUGAACGUGUAGCAUUGGACUUUGCUACCCUUCCCUCCAGAGUGGCAACAGCCAUUAUAGGUAAGGCAGAUAUGCCUGAUGGAAUUACGUUGGACCUCCUCAAGAAGAACGAUCACUGGAUAGUAUAUAAGGAGCUUGAUGAAUCUGCUAAUGCUGAGCCCACUCUCAUGAUUUAUGCUGCAAGAUUCCUGUCGUUCGAUUCAAGCUCAAAUUCUAUCACUAUACAGGGACUUGACCAUAACACCCGAAAUAACUCGUGGGUUCUCCCUCCUAAGAAGGAGAGAGCCUUAACCGUGAAGACGAUUUCUAUUGACAGU